AGCCACUCGCUUGCGUAAGUAGCUAUUACAGAAGAGUCUGGUUAAAGCUCAACUGCUGUCGACUGGAAUACACACAUUGUAGUUUCUCCUUUAGUUUGUAAAACUUUCAUUCAGAGUUCUCCAUAAUGUCUAAAGAAUCAAAACACACAAAUUAUCUAGUGCUGGAAAACUACAUCGGAGGGAAGUUUGUGCCAUGCGGUAAGCAUUUAGACUCCUUCGAUCCAUCAACUGGAGAGCUUUACUGCAAAGUUCCAGACAGUGGACCAGAGGAGGUGGAUGCUGCUGUGAAAGCAGCCAAAGACGCAUUUCCCGAUUGGUCGGCGAAGAGUCCAGCAGAGAGAUCUCAAGUGCUGAAUAAACUGGCAGACCUGAUAGAGGCCCGUCUGGAGGAGUUUGUUCAGGCUGAGUCUAAAGACCAGGGAAAGACUGCAACUUUUGCUCGAAAUGUGGACAUUCCACGUUCAGCGUACAACUUCCGUUUCUUUGCUUCGUCUGUUCUGCAUCACCUUACUGAAUGCAGUCAGAUGGACCACAUGGGUUGUCUCAACUACACAAUACGCUGUCCUGUAGGAGUGGCUGGUCUUAUCAGUCCGUGGAACCUGCCGCUUUAUCUCCUGACAUGGAAAAUUGCCCCGGCUGUUGCUACGGGCAACACAGUGGUGGCCAAACCCAGUGAAAUGACCUCGGUCACUGCCUGGAUGAUGUGUCGGCUGUUGGAGGAAGCCGGCUUUCCACCUGGAGUGGUUAAUAUCGUGUUUGGGACGGGCCCAUGUGCUGGGGAUGCCUUGGUGUCCCAUCCUGAUGUGCCUCUUAUUUCAUUUACGGGCAGCACGGCCACAGCAAGACUGAUAACCGAGCGUAGCGCACCAUAUUGUAAGAAACUUUCUUUGGAACUUGGUGGGAAAAAUCCUGCUAUUAUAUUUGCUGAUGCUGAUAUGGAGCAAUGCAUCAGCACUACCAUACAAUCCAGCUUCUCCAAUCAAGGAGAGAUCUGUCUCUGUACCAGCAGAGUUUUUGUUGAAAGGAGUAUUUAUCCAGAAUUUCUUUCUCGCUUUGUGGAGGCAGCUCGGCAGUGGAAAACCGGAGCGCCCUCCGACCCCGCCAACAACAAUGGUGCACUCAUCAGCAAAGAGCACUUGGAGAAGGUCAAAGGUUACGUUGCUUUAGCGCUGGCAGAGGGUGCUCAGGUGCAUUGUGGGGAGGGCGUGGACAAACUUACCCUUCCACAGCGAAAUGCGGGUGGCUAUUUUAUGCUGCCCACCGUCAUCUCUGGGGUUACGGAUUCUUCCGCCUUGAUGCAGGAAGAGAUAUUUGGACCCGUUACCUGUGUGACACUCUUCGAUAAAGAGGAGGAAGUGAUAUCCCGAGCCAAUGGUGUACGCUACGGCUUAUCCGCCACGGUGUGGUCCCGAGAUGUGGGGCGAGUGCACAGGGUUGCUAGGAAACUGCAAGCUGGGUUAGUGUGGACCAACUGCUGGCUGGUCAGAGACUUAAAUCUUCCGUUUGGGGGUAUGAAAAGCUCUGGAAUUGGUAGAGAAGGUGGAAAAGAUUCGUACCACUUCUUUACAGAGGUUAAAGUGAUCGCCGUUAAACACUAAUCUGGCCUGAAACGUUCACACGCAAGAUGAAGUAAUGCAUGCUGGGAGAGUGAGUCACAAUGUCAAUAAUGUUUUAUUGCGAACCUGUGUACAAACUAUAUAGAGGAAGCAUCUGAUUUUUGUCUUGGAUGGUUGUAAAUAAAGUUCAGAAUGAUAAAACGAAGUGCAUCCUUUAAUUUUAGAAAAGUGACUUAAAACGAUCAAGCAUGUGCCAUGUAAGGAGACCAGGAGAAAAUUUGUGUUGUCCUUACAAGGCUCAAGAGACCUCAGAUAUGUUUCUGUGUCAACUUCGUCUCUGACGUUCCUCCUAAGGUUCUGUAGGAAAAAUAAAUAUAGACACAAAAUAAAGAUUGUUGACAUGCAGAAAGAGUUUAGGGCUGUAAUAUUUGUCUGUUCUUAAAUUCAUAGCUGACUAGGACAAACGUGUAAGAUUUUCAAGAAAUGUGGAAAUUUCCAUUUUUUCUCUGGGACACCAUAUGGGUACGAGACCUAGAUUAAGGCUCCAGACUCAUGCAUGUUACCUUUCUACAUCUGGGUGUGUAUUAACGUGUCAUUUCCAAGAAGUGUCAAAACUGUGACUUUUUCCAAGUGUGGGAAGUGUCUAUCUGACACACAAAAUCUUUCUACAGCCCACGACUGUUGUGUGCUUCACAAACACGCUGUGCUUCAGAAGCUUCAAUAGGAUUCAGAACCAGCUGGACCUUAACACUAGUGAUAGACACCGUUAGCAUGAAACUGACCUCUGAGUUUCACAUCUUUGUUCUUGGCUUCUCUGUUCUUGAGGUCAAAUUUUCUCAUUCUCAUUUACUUAAACGUAAGAAAUUGAAACAACAAAUAGAAUCAUGAAACUACUUUAAGAUAUGGUAUUAUUUGUAGUAGCCUACCCUAAAGUGCUAUGUAUACACAGUUUAUCAAACCGUAUAGUUUUACACACCCCUUGCACAUUCUGUAAGAUGUUUAGCUUUUUUUACAAUGAGAAUAUUGGAAUAAAGAUCAUUAUGUUUUGGG